AUGGCGAGCGGCAUCAAAUCACUCAUCAACAGCGCCAAGGCCCUCUACAUAGGCAACUCGGGCAGCAAGGCCGAGCUCCCGGACCUUUUUCCCGUCGUGGACAAGGAGAUCGACGGCGAGGAUUGCGACCGCGACUGCAGCAAUUGCGUUGUCCAGUACCCAAAAUCAUUCAAGAUUGACGAAACCGAUGCGCUCUACGGCUUUGUGAAAGGAUGGAGCACGCAUGUUCUGGUUGCGACGGGCAAAUCAGACUGGGUGCGCGAUGUUGCGGAUGAAAAGGGGAGCAUCAUGCAGGCCAUCUCGCAUGCCAAAGCUCCCAGCAAUGGUCGCCUCAUGGUCUCUGCCUCCAACAUUCCCACACCGCAUCGGACCACCUCGUAUUCUGAACCGACGACCGUCCUCGUACUGCCUGCCUUCGCCGUCGUCGAAAACGUCACACCUGCUACUGUGCCUACAUUGGUGUCCAUAAUCAACGAUUCACCUACCAACACCUCGCCACUCGAGCCAAUUUCCAUCCCCCCAUCCAUGACAGCCCAUCUUCCAGAACCAACGCCUGCCAUGCUGAAGGACAUCACAACACGGCCGUCACCACAUCGCGCUCUUAUCCUGCUCUGCUCUCAAAAGACCCGCGAUGCACGCUGCGGCCAGAGCGCGCCUCUUCUCCGAAAAGAAUUCCAGAGGCACCUAGCACCACUAGGUCUCUACCGCGAUUUAGACGAUGAACGACCAGGGGGCGUGGGCAUCUACUUUAUCAGUCACGUCGGAGGACACAAGUACAGCGCCAAUGUGAUGAUUUAUCGGAGACCAGACGCAUUCGGUUUGGACGAGGUGGAGCUGGGCAAGCUGACUGAGGAGGAGAGGCAGCGCGUGGUGCCAAUCAAGCCACAGGAGGGCGAGGACGACUUGGGUGCAGCGCAAUGCAUCUGGCUGGCGAGAGUGAAGCCAGAAGACUGCGAAGGCAUCGUCAAAUUUACGGUUUUGCAGGGCAAGGUGGUGAAACCACUAAGCCAGUUGCGAGGAGGGUUCGAUAGAGGAAGAGGGUUGAUGAGUUGGUAG